CGGCAGUGACGUGUGCACCGACCGGGCCGGUACGGCACGCGCGGCAGUGACGUGUGCACCGACCGGCCCGGUACGGCACGCGCGCGCAGCAUGGCGGGCAGCGGCCGCCGGCCCGAGCACCGCGGGCCGCCCGAGCUGUUCUACGAUGAGGCCGAGGCCCGCAAGUACACGCAGAACUCCCGCGUGGUGGAGAUCCAGUCCCAGAUGUCGGAGCGCGCUGUGGAGCUGCUGGGGCUGCCCGAGGACCGCCCGUGCCUCCUCCUGGACGUGGGCUGCGGCUCAGGGCUGAGUGGGGAUUACAUCUCCGAGGAGGGUCACUACUGGAUCGGCAUGGACAUCAGCCCUGCCAUGCUGGAUGUGGCCGUGGAGAGGGAGGUGGAAGGAGACCUUCUCCUGGCAGAUGUGGGUCAUGGCAUUCCCUUCAGGCCUGGCAUGUUUGAUGGCUGUAUCAGCCACUCUCUUUGCUCUGUGCAGCUUGGCUCCAUCACUCCAGGACAAACCUCCAAAAUUCUGCAUGUUAGAAGCAGCUUGUCACAGCUGUUUCCCAGCAUUUCUGCAGUGCAGUGGCUCUGUAAUGCUGACAAGAAGUCACACAGCCCUCCAAAACGCCUCUACAGAUUCUUCUCCACUCUUUACACUGCCCUGGCCCGAGGAUCCCGAGCUGUGCUGCAGCUGUACCCCGAGAACUCUGAGCAGCUGGAGCUCAUCACAGCCCAAGCCAUGAGAGCUGGAUUUACAGGGGGAAUGGUGGUGGACUACCCCAACAGUGCCAAAGCCAAGAAGUUCUUCCUCUGUCUCUUCGUUGGGACAUCUGGCACAUUACCAAAGGGCCUUGGUACCGAGUGUGCCAGUGAAGAGCUGCACCAGGCAAAGUUCACCAAUGAGAGGACACGGUUCAGAAAUGUCAAGGGCAAGUCUGUGAAGAAAAGCCGGGACUGGAUCCUGGAGAAGAAGGAGCGUAGACGCCGCCAGGGCAAGGAGGUGCGAGCAGACACCAAAUACACGGGGCGGAAGCGCCGUCCUCGCUUCUGAACUGCUCUGCACACUGCUGGCGUGGAAGGUGGCAUGUGGGUGCCUCCAGAGAGCCUCCUGUGGAUGGCACAGAUGGCACCCCACGCCUGGGGACUUGCUGGGACUGCUCAUUGUGGCUCUUAAAGGUACAGACUGGCUCAGGUACUGCCAAAGAGCAAAGCUGCCAGGCCUGUUUCCCUGGUGAAGGUGCAGGCAGUGCUCUGGCACUGCUGCUGGGCAGUGCUCUACAGUGCCAUCACUUACCUUCCCGAGUGCAGUGAGCCAGGUGAGCUCCAGGUAAGCCAGGAGGUGAUAUCCAGUUCCUCACUAAAGAGUCAAAGAGUUGGAA